AUGGAUUCCUUGCCAGAUGAUCUAUGGGCGAUUAUACUUGCCCGUUUACCUCUAAAAACCAUCACAGCUUCAAAAUUAGUUUGCAAGCAAUGGAAAUCAAUCGUCGAAUCUUCGUUCCUCCGCGAGCUUUUCCUUUCUCACCAUCAAAACUCGCAUUUUUCUUCAUGGUCGCUCAUGUGCAAGAGCAAGAACCAUCGGAUACAAGUGUUGGCUCACUACGGAUGCGAGAUUUGGGGUCUUCAACGAUCUCUUAAGUUUUACAUUAAAUCUUUCAUAACCAAGAAAUUCGUGAACCACCCCGAGUUAUACAGACAAGCUAGAGUCGUGGCAUACACUGAUGUUGGUUUGGUCUUGAUCCGUGUAGUGUCUCUCUUCAAGAACGUAUCCUACUUCGUGGCUAAUCCGGUUUCACAGGAAUGCGUAGAAACCGAUCCUCCAUGGUUCCAGCCGAUGAAUUAUUUCUGGCCACUGGGAAUUGCUACACGAACUGAGAAAAACGGGGUCCUUUCAGGUUUCAAAGUUGUUCUGCUUUUUGAUGCAAUGCCAUGGAAGCAGAGCUUAAGUUUGCUGGUAUAUUCAUCUGAUUCUGGCUUGUGGAGUCCCGAAACUGUUGACUUUCCUUUCGCCUUUGUGGAACAGGAUUACCACAAUUCCAUUAGCUUCAAUGGGGAUCUUCACUGGCUCGCCCGAAAUAGUAACUAUGAUGAAGCUGUUGUAUCCAUUGACUUCUACUCUGCUGGACCGGGUUCUGUUUGUGUUACGCCUUUCCCUGAUUUAGAAAAAGUCCCGAAAUUUACAAGAGCUUGCACAACAUGUCAAGGGUUUCUCAUGUACAUGAACGUAGUCUCUGUAACCAAAGAUGAUGAGAGUGUAGAAGAGAAGUUUAAUAUAUGGAGGCUAAAGAGCGGAGAAUGGCAACUAGUAUCUGAAAUCGCCGGCUGGUUCAAUGAUAUACCGUUGGCAAUAAACCCUUUUGAUGCCAAGUCAGUCUACUUUUGGAGCAAGUAUGGCCAACGUUUGCUAUCCUUUAACUUUCGCAAUGGGAAAUUUGUAUGCACGGAUAAGCUCGAAUAUAGCAGUGAAGGUCGUAUAUCCAGUUCCGUUAAAGGCCCGAAAGUUGUGAAAUACUUCAUUGAGCCAAACUUUUCAUCGUUUGUUCUGCCACAAUGGCUGCAUCGGAUCCCGAACAUGGUGAGAAAAGUAUAG